GAAUCGCUGCUCUUCCUAGCUGUUUCUUCACAAAGAAUAAUAAUAUAAGGAAUAUUUGUAUAUUGUAUUAUUGCUAUAUUUUAGUGCCACCCCCUCUCCCUUUAGAUCGAAUUCGGGGGAAAUCAUUUCAAGCUUGUCUCUUUUUUUGAUUGGAUUUGUGUAACUCAUUCGUUGAUUUUCAUCGAGAUUUAGUUAUGGCUCCAAAGGAUCCGAAGCAAGCCGCUGCAGCUGCUGCUGCUGGCGGCAGCGGGGGCUUCUUCUCUUCGUUUGCUUCCACUUUGUCCAAUUUCGGCAGCGCCAUGACCAAAUCUGUUAAUGGUUUAAUGGGCUAUGAGGGGCUAGAGGUCGUUAAUCCAGACGGAGGCACUGAAGAUGCUGAAGAGGAAGCAAAAAAGGGACGAUGGAAACAAGAGGAACGAGAUGGUUACUGGAAAAUGAUGCAAAAGUAUAUUGGCUCUGACAUCACAUCAAUGGUGACACUUCCAGUUUUUAUUUCUGAGCCAAUGACAGCGCUGCAGAAAAUGGCUGAGCUGAUGGAGUAUUCCUACCUGUUAGAUAUGGCAGAUGAAUGCGAGGAUCCGCACAUGAGAUUAGUUUAUGCUUCUUCAUUCUUUAUAUCUGUCUACUAUGCUUACCAACGAACAUGGAAGCCAUUCAACCCUAUUCUUGGUGAGACUUAUGAAAUGGUCAAUCACGGAGGCAUUACAUUUAUAGCAGAGCAGGUCAGCCAUCAUCCUCCCAUGAGCGCUGGACAUGCUGAAAAUGAACAUUUCACCUAUGAUGUGACCUCAAAAUUGAAAACUAAAUUUCUUGGCAACUCAGUUGAUAUUUAUCCUCUUGGGAGGACAAGAGUUACCCUCAAAAGAGAUGGUGUGGUUCUUGAUUUAGUACCUCCUCCAACAAAAGCUAGCAACUUAAUUUUCGGUCGAACUUGGAUUGAUUCCUCAGGGGAGAUGGUGCUGACAAACUUGACCACUGGGGAUAAAGUGGUGCUAUAUUUUCAACCAUGUGGCUGGUUUGGAGCUGGUCGGUAUGAAGUGGAUGGGUACGUUUAUAGUGCGGCCGAUGAACCCAAGAUUCUGAUGACUGGAAAAUGGAAUGAGGCUAUGAGUUAUCAAGUGUGUGACUUAGAAGGAGAACCACUUUCAGGGACUGAGCUGAAAGAGGUUUGGAGAGUUGCUGAUACUCCCAAGAACGACAAAUUCCAGUACACAUAUUUUGCACAUAAGAUUAACAGCUUUGGCACUGCUCCUAAGAAGUUGUUGGCAUCCGAUUCUCGUCUCCGUCCUGAUAGAAUGGCCCUUGAGAAGGGUGACUUGUCCACAGCUGGCCAAGAAAAAAGCAGUUUGGAGGAGAGGCAGAGAGCAGAGAGGAGAAACCGAGAGGCCAAGAACCAUAAAUUUACCCCUAAAUGGUUUGAGCUGACCGAGGAAAUAGCACCUACGCCUUGGGGUGACGUGGAAGUUUACGAAUACAACGGUAAAUAUACUGCCCAUCGAGCUGCUAUAGAUAGUUCCAGCUGUGUUGAAGAUCCUGAUAGCAGACCAGAGUUCAAUCCAUGGCAAUAUAGUAGUUUGGACGCCGAGUAAAGCGCUUGUGUAAUUUUUGUUCACUUUUUCUUUUUUUUGGUGAUUGUAAUGCUAUCCUUUUCUUUGUUUUUGUUUUUGUUUUUGAUCGCAUGAAUGCUGAAUUAUGUACCUGUAUAAAUUCUUUCUUUUCUGUGAUUCUCUUAAUUCUUAUUAGGUUGUAAUGUUAGCCUUCAUAUCAACUCUCAAAAUUUGAUAUGUAGUGAUGUUUUGUUAUUGUAGAAUUUUGUUUCCUAAUGUUCAUCUUCUUGGAUCAUUAAUCUAGUAAUCCACUUUGCAUAGUA